UCACAUUCCUGCCCUCUUUCACAGUUACUGCAAUUUUGCCAUUUUCCUGUGCCUAAUUUUUCAUUUCCAUUAUUUCUCACUCUCUUCUAUGACUCUCCAAAGUUGUAAAAAUCUCUUUCUCUUCCUUCAUUUCAAAUUCUAGGUUACUCUCUCUUUUUUUGUUACAGUUUUUUCUUCUUCUUCACGAUCAUCAUUGUAACGGGUUUUUUAUGGUGUGAAAUUAGGGGGAAAAUGGCUGUUAAGGGUUCUGAUAAGUUAAGGUUUUGUGGUGGUGGUGGUGGUGGCGGCAGUGGUGAUGGUGAUGGGAACUUAACAUUUAAAUGGCACAACUCGGGCGAGAGAAAUAAUACAUGGCAUUCAGGAGUGAGGAGGCAAGUUUCUUAUGAUAAUUCUGAUUCUGAUUCUGAUAAUGAUGAUGAUGAUGAUGUACCUUUGGCGGAAAGGUUAACCCGAAUGUCGAAUUUGGGAACACGGAGUAGUAUCUGUGAUGUUCCUGUUCAGAUGAGUAGUAAUACUACUACAAUGCCGGUUAAGAGGCCAUUUGGUAAUAGCAAUGCCUUGCAGAGUUCUGUUAAGAAAUCGAAGGUGACAACAAAUGGUAAUCCUUUGUCGAUAAGAAUCAAAAUUCCGGGAAAAAUGGCUGAUAAAUCGUUUUCUAUGCUGAAGAAAGAUCUUGAGUUGGUAGAAAAAUCAUUUGAGGAAUGCAAAACGAAGAGGCAGGUGGAAGAGAAGAGAUUGCUGUCGAUAAAGAGAGAUAUCGAGGAGUGUUCGAAUGAGCUUGUAAAUUUGAAAAAGAAAAAUAGUUGUGUGGAAAGAAUUAGCGAAUCUCAUAAGAAAAUGCUUGGGAAAAUUGAUGAAUGUGUAAAGGAUUUUGUAGCAAAAGAAGCACAGCUCUGUUUGAUGGACGACUUGAUUGGAGAGCGCAAGCGAGAGCUCAAGAAAAAAGAAAAAGAACUUCAUCAAGUCGUGGAUAACUUUGAUAAGCACCGUGAAGGGAAGGGACAGGAACUCAAGGCUCUUUCCGGAAAAAUUGCUCAAUGUACUAUGGAACUUAAGGCCAAAGAGAAAGAGCGUGAUGCGAUGAAAAAACGAAUUGACGAACAAUCAGAGCUUUUAAUGUCAGAAAAUAAGAAGUUACUAAAGGUAAUGCAGUUUAGUCAAAAUAAUUCACGUGCUCAAAUGAAGGAAUUUGAAUCAACCAAGAAGCAAUUUGAAGAGCAGGUUAAGGAGCUUGAGUUAAAGGAGAAAAGGUGCGGAGAGUGGGCGGUGGAGCUUGAGUCAAAGGAGAAGUUCUUUCAAGGCCGUGUAGAGAAGCUCAAGUUAAAAGAGAAAAAGUGCCGAGAACGAGUGGUGGAGCUUGAGUCAAAGGAGAAACUCUUUGAAGGUCGUGUAAAAGAGCUCGAGUUUAAAGAGAAACGACUUGAAGGCCAAGCGCAAGAGUUUGUAUUGAAGGUGGAGAGAUUUCAUAGCCAAAUAAAGGAGCUUGAAUCGGAAAAGAAGCAUUUUGAUCGUUGUGUAAAGGAGCUGGAAUCAAAAGAGAGGCAAUUUGAAGGACAAGCGAAGCGGCUAGAGUUAAAAGAGGAGGAGCUGGAAGGACGGGUGAAAGCGUUGGAUUCAAAAGAGGAGAAUUUUAAAGGCCAGGUUAAGGACCUUGAGUCAAAAGAAAACAAACUUGAAGCCCGGGUGAAUGAGUUCAAAUCAGAAAAAGAGCAAUUCGAAGGGCGGUUGAAGAAGCUCCGGUUUACAGAAAAGUUGCUUGAAGACCAAGUGAAGAAAUUUAAAGGCCGAGUAGAGGAAAUUGAAUCAAAAGAGGAUGAGUUCAAAGCUCGAAUGCAAGAGCUUAAGCGUUUUAUAAGCCGAAUGGAGGAUUUCAAAUCAGAAGAGAAACAAUUUGAAGGACGAGGGAAAGAGCUUGAGUCAAUAGAUAAAAUUUUCAAAGUGCAUGCGAAUGAAUUCGAGCCAAAAGAGAAGCACCUUGAUGGACCCAUGAAGGAUCUUGAGUUGAAGCCAAAUGAAUUUGACGGACAACAUAAGCAGCCCGAGUUAAGAGAGAAACAAUGCGUUGCAGUAAUCCAACCAUUUGAAGAAGAAACAGAAUUGGGUAAUCGGUUAAGUCCCACGAUUGAUGACAGAUGUUUGAUGUUGGUCCCAAGUGAGCAAACUGAUGAAUUUGAGUCAUUUGAUUACGGCUUUAAUCUACGAAGUUUAUCUGAUCCGUCAAAAAUUGUGUUGGAAAUAAUACAGAACCCCGUCAUCCCAAAGUGUAAAAUGGGAAACAGUGCUGUAAUUAUUGAUGAUAGAGACAUUCUCCUGCUCAAAGAACUGAUGAGAAUCGCACCAGAUGUUAAACCUCAUACAAGAGAAAAAGCAUUGAAGCUAGCACUUGAAUUGAAAGCUAACAUGGAAGAAAAUAAAGAAAAUUCCAAGGUGGUUUUGGGUUUUCUACUCCUUCUGUCGGUUUAUGGACUGGUUCCUUCUUUCGAUGAAGAUGAAGUUUUAAAGCUUUUUGGACUUGUUUCUCAGCAAAAUAUAGCUAUAGUGCUGUUUGGGGCCAUGGGUUUCGCAGAGAAAAUAUCUGAUUUUGUUGAGAAUCUUAUCGCGAGACAACAAUAUGUAGAAGCUGUUAGAUUCAGUUGUGCGUAUAACUUGGGCGACAACAAUCAACUAGUUGCUCUCUUGCGAGAACAUGUGCAGAAUGCAAAACUAAUUUCUGAGAGCAGUUGCAAUGAAGCCGACUCCAUCGAGAUUAAGAAUAAAGCAAGAGACCAAGAAAUCGCAAGUCUCAGAGCUGUUUUGCAGUGUAUUGAAGACAACAACCUAGAAUCCGAGGAUGCACGUAACACGAUUAACACGAUUCACGGCCGUAUUCUUGAGCUAAUGAGACACACGGGCAAAUAGUGGCGACCAUCCUCUAAAUAGCGAAAACCGGCUAACACGUUGCCUUGUAAAUGAAGUAACAGGAUAAGGAUUCUCUCUGUUUCUUGCUCUUAUGUAAAAAAUUAACAGGGUCAUCUCAUCUUUGACUCACUACUCUUUUUGUUUUAUGAAGAAAUUCUCAAAGGGUUAAAAUGUUAAUGUACAAAUUGGUUAUUUUGGAGUACAUGCCACAUAUUUGUUUAUAAUGAGAAAAAUCAAUUCCAACAUUA